AUGGCCGAGCGCAGAGAGUUCGACUUGACCGGGGCCAAACAAAACACCGGCGUGUGGCUAGUGAAGGUUCCUAAGUAUUUGUCUCAGCAGUGGGCCAAAGCCUCAGGAAGAGGAGAAGUAGGAAAGCUGAGAAUUGCAAAGAAUCAAGGAAGGACUGAGGUAUCUUUUACCUUGAAUGAGGAACUUGCAAAUAUCCAUGAUAUUGGUGGAAAACCUGCUUCUGUUAGUGCUCCCAGAGAACAUCCGUUUCUCUUGCAAAGUGUGGGAGGACAGACAUUGACAGUCUUUACAGAGAGCUCAUCAGAAGGCCAGCCUGAAGAAAAUUCUGAGAGCGAUAAUAAUGAUAAACUUUCAUUGGAGGGAAUAGUGGUACAACGUGCUGAAUGCAGACCUGCUGCCAGUGAAAACUAUAUGAGAUUGAAGAGGUUACAGAUAGAAGAAUCUUCAAAACCUGUAAGAUUAUCACAGCAGCUGGACAAAGCUGUUACAACAAAUUUUAAACCUGUGGCUAAUCAUCAAUACAAUAUUGAAUAUGAGAAGAAAAAGAAAGAAGAUGGAAAGCGGGCUAGAGCUGAUAAGCAACAGGUUUUGGACAUGUUGUUUUCAGCUUUUGAAAAACAUCAGUAUUACAAUAUUAAGGAUUUAGUGGACAUCACCAAACAGCCUGUGAUAUACCUGAAGGAAAUCUUGAGAGAAAUAGGCAUUUACAAUGUUAAGGGAACCCACAAAAAUACCUGGGAACUGAAGCCAGAGUACAGACAUUACCAAGGAGAGGAUAAGAGUGAUUAGGAAGACCUCAUCCAUAUGCCCACAAGAAGCUGAUGAUAGGGUGGGCUUGACUGUACUAAGCAAACCCUGCAGCCUUCCUCAAAACUUUGAGCAGUCUGAAGAUUCCAACACUCCAUGAAGCCAUUACUGAUUCUCCCAGCUGAUAGUGCCUCCCUCCAAUUACCCUCUAUUGAUUGUAUAUAUAUUUAUAUGCUUAUUUUUGUAUAUUGUCAUAUAUGUAACAAUACUAUCUCUCCCUAUAGACUUGAGGACUGAGACCGGUUCAU